AUGGCCGUAGACUCAGCUCUCCUGGAACUCCAGGCUGCCCUGACCAAGGCAUGCGAGGCGCUGGAAGGGCCGCUCAACCAGGAACGCCUCGAGUGUCUGCAGGACGUGAACAAGCUACCUAAUAAACAGUCCAGCCUGAUUGCCUCGCAAACGGUUGACCUCUUGGACCGGGCCCAACGCCUGGUGCAGUCGCCAGUAUCGCUGUUGGCUGAGCACUACCUCGCCUACUACGACACCAAGUGCCUGUGGGCAGCCGUGUCCAACGACAUAGCCGAUCACCUCAAAGAUGGGCCACGCACAGUCGAACAGCUGGCCGCCCUGAGCUCCCUCCAGCCCCUCCGUCUGCGCCAGAUCCUCCGCGUGCUGCACAACAACGGCAUCUUCGCACACGACGCCGCGACCGACACGUACUCCAACAAUUCCGCCUCGACGCUCCUCACAAAAGACCACUGGACGCAGUGGCACACGUGGGCGGACCUCUACGGCAACGAGUUCUACGACAUGGCGCGCGGGAUCCCAGCUGCCAUCCGCUCGGGCGAGACGCGCAGCUCGGCGCAGAUCGAGUACGACACGACCAAGAGCAUCUUCGUCUACUUCGCCGAGAAAGGGCUCGUCUCCAAGCUGCACCGCACGCUGGGCAGCGGCGCCGUCGCCCAGGCCCCCGGCAUGAUUGCCGACUACGACUGGGCCGAGCUGGGCGCCGCCACCGUCCUCGACGUCGGCGCCGGCGGGGGCGACUUCCUGGCCAGCCUGCUGCGUGCAUACCCGGCGAUGAGCGGCGCGGUGCUCGAGCUUCAGAGCGUCGUCGACCUGGUGCGGCCCUUCUUCACCGCGCCGGACGGCAAGUUCAAGGACCUGGCCGGCCGUGUCGAGGAGUUCCACGUGGGCGAUUUCACCAAGGAGGUGCCGGCGUACAAGGUGUACACGAUGAAGUGGUGCCUGCACGACUGGAAGGACGAGGACGUGGUCAGAAUCCUGGCCAACGUGCGGAGAGCCAUCGUCGAGGCGCCCGAGAGCCGGUUGGUGGUGAUUGAGUCCGUGUUGCAGGACGGACGGUCGGGCCGCAUUGCGCGGUAUGGAGACAUCACCAUGAUGGUGGGGGCAAACGGGCAAGAGCGGACUCGCGAGGACUGGGAGCGGUUGGCCAAACUGAGUGGGUGGAAGAUCAAGAGUGUCUCUCCACUGCGCAAUGCCUGGCCCGCCGCCAUCGACCUUAGGCCCGUGUAG